UAAUAAUAAAUGAGUUCAGUAGCAUAUCAUAGAUCCCCAUGCCCAGGAAGAAUCUUCGAAGAUCUCGGGGUUGGAUUCAGUCUUGGAUGAUUUGGAGGUUCCCUCAUCUACUUCUUCAAAGGAGCAUGGAACUCUCCAAGGAGGAUGAAAAUCAGAGGAGGAUUGGCCCACAUUAGGAAUCGUGCGCCUUUUAUGGGAGGCUCAUUCGCAAUGUGGGGCGGAUGCUUCUCAUCCUGUGAUUGCUUGAUGAUCUGGCUCAGACAAAAAGACGAUCCUCUCAAUGCAUGUGUAGCAGGAUUUGUCACUGGAGGAGUGCUCGCAAUCAGAAGUGGAGCUAGUAAUGCCUUUAAAAAUGCAGUCAUUGGAGGUGGAAUUCUAUGCCUCAUUGAAGGAGUCUCAGUCGUCCUUCAAGCAGUCAUGAUGAAGAAACAACAAAUGAUGCAAGAACAAAUGCAAAGAAUGGAACUUGAGAGAAUGAGACAAGCUCAAGCCCAGAACAAGAAUCCAUGGGAAAUUGAAUUCAACGAAAAGGAAGCAAUCAGUGGUACCCCAAAGUCUUUCGAAUUCUAAUA